GCCCAACUGACACGAAAAUCUCGUUCCCUCUCUCUCUCUCUAACUCCUGAACAAAACGUGAAAAAGAGUCCCCAUAAUUCGCAUCGCUUUUGCCCAGAGCCGAAAACCACGGAUGGCAAAAAAAUCCCCAAAUCAAAACCAGGACUUGAAGAGAGAGAAAGUUCCGUUUGGGUUUUCUUUAUAUCAAAUCUCCUGUGACUCUCAUUUUCUGUGUUUUUUCUAAUUCUUUAAUCUAAACGCAUAUCAAUUCUCCUCUAUUUUGUCUGUCUACCUAGUCUUCUUUUGGGUCGACGUUCUGGACUCUCUGGGUUUUGUUAUUUUUCUCUCUCAUCGUCGUUUAUCGACGGUUGUUGUUUCCUCAUGUCUUUUGCACCGCUGUUUCUAUCUCUAGUUUCUCGGAAAUUUCCGGAGGUUUAGAGCGAGAGAGGAGUUAUUUUAGGUUUUUCGGAUAUUGCUUGCAAUUACGACUGCAUGAAAAAAUUGCGAAUGGAUUUGUCAUGAAAUUGCGUUGUUUUGGAGGAACCGAUCUGUUUGGUAUCCAUUUCUUGAUCUUUUCUUUGACAAUUUGAUUAUUUGCUGGAUUUGGAAAUUAGGGUUUUGCUUGAACUGGGCAAACUGCUUCCUUUUAGGGUUUGAGAUCUUAUUCCUGUACAAAAGAGGUAGUAAUUGGGUUCAGCGAUGUGUUGAGUUGUGUAGAUAUUGGAAUUUGAAUUGCAGUUUGAAGGGAUCAACCAUUCAUAUUCAUUUAGGUUACAGGAAAGUCAUGGCUUUUACACAAAAUCGACAUUUACCAACUCAAGGUGGGUACCAAAAUCACAGGUCAACUUCAUCGUCAUAUGAGAGAUCUGGUGCCCCAACAAGGAAUUACAGCAAUAUUGUUGACCUAACUUCUCAUGGUCCUGAUAUCGAUACUUUGCCCGCCAUGAAAAGAAGAAAAUCCAUGGCCACUGAAACUUCCAUGGCCACCAAGAAUAGUUUUUCUUCCAGUUUGUGGGAAAAUCAGGGGAGAUGUUACCAACCAUUUUAUUUCAAUGACAAUUCUGUCGCAGCUUGUCGAUCCGAUUUGAACUUGUUCAAUAACCUGUCUACCAGCAACCAUCAGUAUUAUAAUUAUUCCCAACAAAGUUAUUUGAGGGAUUGUACAGGAGUAAAUGAAGAUGGGGUCUCUCCCAAUAGUGUUUAUGAAGCAUCGGAGUUUUUUAUGUCAAGGGAUGAGAUAGAGAGGUGUUCACCUUCAAGGAAGGAUGGAAUAGAUUUGCGUAAAGAAACGCAUCUGCGAUAUUCAUACUGUGCCUUCCUCCAAAACCUUGGAAUGACGCUGGAACUGCCACAAACUACAAUUGCAACUGCUAUUGUCCUUUGCCACCGCUUUUUUGUUCGCCGAUCUCAUGCAUACCAUGAUAGAUUUUUGGUCGCUACAGCAUCUCUCUUUCUUGCGGCUAAGUCGGAGGAGACACCUCGCCCGUUGAAUUCUGUGAUCAGAGCAUCUUGUGAAAUUUGCCACAAGCAUGACCUAGCGUUCUUUCCUCAUUUGCUGCCUGUUGACUGGUUCGAGAAAUAUAGGGAGCGGGUCAUAGAGGCGGAGCAAAUGAUUCUGACAACUCUGGAUUUUGAACUCACUGUUCAACAUCCUUACAUUCCACUCACCACAGUCCUUAGCAAGUUAGGAUUAUCUCAAAGUGUUCUUGUAAAUCUGGCAUGGAACUUGGUCAAUGAAGGGUUUUGCAAAAUGACGCUGGUGGUUCCAGGAUGUAUGAAAGCAGCCUGAUUUUUAUCAUGCACCAAGUUAUUUAUGUAUGUACCUAGUGGUAGAGCCCAACUGAUGUGACCAAGCCUUGCACAACUGUAGAAAAGGCUAAGGCGAACGCCUGUGAAGGCGUCGCGAAAGCAAUGAGCCUAAGCCUCAUGUGACAGUGUCCAUGGUUCGAAUCCCCGCUAGCUGACCCAUAAAAAACAAUUCGGACCCACAGCGGACAAGAUGUACAUCCAAUUUCCACCUGAUGAAGAAGCCAUUAGGCCGUUAUUACUGGUCUUGGGAUAUCUUAGGGAAGCGUUGUCAUAUGGCUUUCAUGUGGCCAUGAAACAGAUGAUCUCUCUGUAUUAACUAUUAUUUCUCAACCCCCUUAUGGGUCACUGAUGACAGGUUAUCAAUAAUUACUGAGUCCUCAGUAUUGAUUACUCAUCUUUAGUUAUCUGUGGAGAAUCACUUCUUGGGUCUUGAGAAAUGGUCGUUGAAACAGAUGGACAUUAGUCUGAAGUCGGUUACCUAUCAAAAGGAUUUCUAAGGGCUUUGCAAGUCCUGUUGUGGCUUGCAAGCCAUGCUUCAAGCAGUAAUCAACUAAUCAUAGAGCACGCGUUGGUGUGUCAGUAGUGACACUUGUUUUCUCUCGGCGUCUGUUUGUGAACACACAGUCAUGUGGGUCACUUACAUGUAUAAGCUAUUUGAGAGUUAGUGGUUAAGGUUGAGAAUGACCACUCAGAGGUAUUGAAAAUGUGUUUUUAGAUGUUUGACCCUACUUCUUGUGGGCCAUACAUAUUCUAGUGUCUGAUCAAUUGGGUUCACCAUCUCAGUUCCAUAGUUACAUCCGAUAGUCUUGGAUAUAGAGUCCAGCUUUAUAGUACCUUAUCGUUAAUUGCUGGCAAUCAAUGGCCUGCUAAUAGCUGCAUUUUGAUAGCUGUGCAGACUAGUAUUGGUUGCUGUCUGUGAACUAUCCUGGAGGUUCUUGUUGGAAACCAGCAAGGCCUACAUAGAGUUUGCAAUUGAUGAUUUUAGGCUGAAGAACUUGGAGGUGGCUGCUAAAGUAUGUUAUGGGCUUUAGUAAACUGGGAUCUGAUUCUUAGUAUCUCUGCAACUUCCAGUUGCAUGUAUUUGAAGGGGCGGAUGCUAUAAAAUUGAUGAAUAAAUUCAACCUGGGCCAUUCAUCACAUUCUAAUAUCUUAUGUAUGGCCGUUACUGUGGGAGGGGCUAUUUUGUGAACACAUUUGAAAAUAUCAUUUCUAUUAACUUAUUGCAGGUGUUACUUGUCAGGAAAUAUUUUGACCUGUAACAUUGCCUUCUCCCUAACCAAUCCCUCUCCCACCCCGCAAAAAAGAAAAAGAAAAAAUCCUGUCUGCAUUUGUAUGCCAAUGGGCAUGUAUUGCAUAGUUUGACUGGGGGGUUAUUAUCUUUUCUUAAUUAAUAACAUAUUUAAUUGAGCCGAAGGAAUAAACUUAUGGAUUAAUUCACUGUAGCACAUAAAAGCAAUAGAUUAGAUGUUCUUUUGUUGCUUAUGUGCAACUAUUUGGACUUUUGAUGCUAUAUAACCAACUAGAACAAACAUUUUGGAAAUGUUUAGAACACUUCCUUUUAUUUCUUUAUUGAAAGUGGACAUUUAGUAAUAUCUGCAAACCUCCCCUUGAGGCAAGAUGACCAAAUUCACCCCAUGGCAUUCUAACACUGGUACAGAGGAUGAUGCGGCGCCCGCUCACUUCCAAACAAGUAUGUUUGACUUGCUACUUUGCAUUGGCAAACCAAAGAAAGCCAAGUGGAUUGGUAUCACCGAAAACUGCAAGAGGAGAUUGGCAUAUCCUGGAAAUACCACUCUCUCCUUGGGCGGCCAUGUGACCCUGAACAAGUCCACCUUAACAUAUCCACCGGUCUUCCAGAUGUCCCUAUUUCGUGUGCAGUUGAGCAUCGUUAACAAGUUGGAACCUCUCGUGAGAGACUUUCUCUGGAAUGGCAUGAAUGGCUCUCGCAGAUAUCACCUAGUGAAAUGGUAUGAAGUCUCUAUGCCAAAUAAAGCAAUGGUUCUCAGUAUCUGACACUCCAGGGGACUACAUAAUCCUCCUCGGGAAGCAGAGUUGGUGCUUGUGUUACAAACCAGGGGCCAAUAUAACGUUCAAUGAUCCAUCAUAGACAUGGAAUGGAAGAUUCAGCAUGGCUUGGGCUGUUAAUUGCGAGAGCAUCCAGGAGAAGUCCAUUUGCCAAACUAACACCCUUUUUUAUAGUUUGUUGUACUUCAUUGGCAAAUCAGGGAAGAACACCAGGUUUUGGAGGCGCUUGUGGUUGGGACAGCAGCCACUUGAACUUUUUUCAGGGCUCUGAAACAUGGAUAUAAGAGGGAAGCCACAUUUGACAACCAUGUCGAACAGUUGUGCAGUCACGUUGUUUGGACCGUCAUCCUUCGGGUAGACCUCAAUGGAAGUGAGACAUCAGAAUUCGUUUCCCUAUGUGACGUCACUUAACAUUUACUUUAUGCCCUUGUCUGGUCCUGAAAAGUUCACUCGGGCCCCCAACUCAAGAGGCAUCUUCAUGGUGGCCUUCUAUUAGCCCUGCUGCCCUUGUUCAUGCUACCAUCCAUGGUUUCCUCCUGCACUCCUCGAGGUCCAUGCCUUCAUUUGGGAAGAAGGCCAUAUCCACUCACUGAGUACAGAGGCGUUCCAAUUGGACAAUAAAUAUGCUAUGUGCAGCUUGCCCAAGGAGCCCAGCUCUCCUCUUUUCAUACACAGCACCACGAUUGGAUCACUUCACAAUCUGUGGGAAAACCUAUUAAAAUAUCACUAUUCCCUACCCCUUCCAAGUCAGGUCUUAUAUCUGCCGGUUCAUCAUCCAGAUUGUCAUGUGGUUCAUCUGGCUCAAGUGUAAUUGACGCAUGUUUUGAGUUGUUGUCGAUCCGCAUCACCAAAUCUCAUACAUCAAACUAGAUCUACCAUAGCGUUGUGGGCCUCCUUACUGAAAGAAUAUACCCACUAUUAAUCCAAUCCUCCCUACCUUCGAUCCCAAGAUCCUCCUUUGUGCUGCCACCUGGACCAGGCUUCAUCAAACUAUAACUUUUGUUUUUUUUUCUGUCGAGAACCUCUGGGUUUCCUGCCUUAACAGGACGCCUGUUUAGAACCCAUAAAGUGAGAUUCUUCUUACCUUCUCUUAUCCUGUUGAUACUGCUGAUGCAUCCUUUUCUGAAUCAAAGAACCUGUAUAUCAGAAUGCAAUUAUUCAACGGAAAUUGGGGCUCUUCCAUCCUAAUCAAAGGCGACUCCCUCAGUGCCAUCUCAUGGACUACCAAGUCCACUUCCUGCUCGUGAAGGUUCAAAAAUCAUUUAUGAACAAUUGUUUCAUUUGUGUGGAAAAAUCUCGGUUUCCUUCCGACACACAUGACGUGAAGCUAACUCUACAGUCGGCGCCUUGGUGAGGGAAGGCAUGAGCCAUCCAUCCCUUGUGGUGACCCAGCUCCCUACAUUCUCUUUCGCUAGACUGCACGUUUAUUGUACAGCCCCACCCUAAUGCAAGUCAGUAGCUAAAAAUUCGUACCUCAUCCUUUAUACUUUUUGGUUUCUUGUUACUUACAAAAAUUGGGCAUAGUUUUCUGUUUUAAUCAUUUAUU